UCCAAUACUCAUAAGGUGGACGGAGACUUGAAGAAGCAGGUCAAUAAGAAAAGUUAGUGCAUUCAUCUACUGUAGCGUAUCGGCCCUCCUCAAAAUCCCCAAAUGUAAGCCGUAUCAUCGAUGCUGCUGGUUGAAAUGUGACCUUCGCUCCAAUGGGAGACUGGAACUUACUGGGUAAACUUCUUGAAAGUGCACAAGAACAUUCUACGGUAGUGGGAAAGGUCUGGCUAACAGUCCUUUUCAUUUUUCGGAUUCUCGUUUUAGGAACGGCCGCAGAGAAAGUUUGGGGAGAUGAGCUAUCUGGCUUCACUUGCGACACCAAACAGCCUGGUUGUCAGAACGUUUGUUACGACCAUACCUUUCCUAUUUCACAUAUCCGGUUUUGGGUGCUACAGAUCAUCUUUGUGUCUACGCCAACCCUGAUCUAUCUGGGACAUAUUCUACACCUUGUGCGCCUAGAAGAAAAGCAUAAACAAAGACUGAAAUUGAGGCAAAGUAAAGGAGAAGUGCAGGGUGACAAACAGCUGCUCCUCACGCCAACCAAGCAACCAAUCAAAGAUGACAUGGGUAAAGUACGCCUGCGCGGAGCUCUGCUCCGAACGUAUGUGUUCAAUGUUCUCUUCAAGACACUGUUUGAGGUAGGAUUCAUUGUAGCACAAUACUUCCUGUAUGGAUUCCAGCUGCAGCCCCUUUACACCUGCAGCCGCUGGCCCUGUCCUAAUACAGUCAACUGUUACAUCUCCCGCCCCACAGAAAAGACAAUAUUUAUUAUCUUCAUGCUGGCUGUUGCGGGUUUGUCUCUGCUGCUCAAUCUGAUUGAGAUUUAUUACUUGGGAUUCACAAAGUGCAGACAGGGCUUAUCCUCCUCUGGAUGCGAGACCGUGCCUAAAUUACAAACCAAAACUGGCAACAACACCCUCACCCAUAUUAUUCCACAUUUCCCCCACUACUCUCCACCUGAGCGGAAUUCAGUUUUCAGCCCGGCUCUUCCAUUUCCAAUUUCUUCCAAUAAGAACACUCCCAAUGCACUGGACAGCAGCCACGCAGCCCGGAAACAGAACAGAGAGAACCAGGCUGUAGAACGCAAUGGGAUUCCAGAACUCAAUGUAGCAUCAGAGAGCAGUAGCGAAAUGGACCCAAGUGAAAAACAGAGGAUGCCCAGCAGAAACAGCAGACAGAGUAGCAACAGAUCCCGGCCUGGGGAUUUAUCAGUAUGAUGGAAACCUGCAGACAGGUGAACUAGCAGUGCAUGUAAUGUACCACAAGCUCCUGCUUAAUUGUUUGGGAACCAGGAACAGACUCCAAACUCGAUGUCUUAUUGCAUUCAGAGUGUUCAUAACAUUCUUAUUGAUAUUAAGAUGCUCUUAACAUUCUAUUUAAUUAACCAGUUUUAUUUUAAAGGAGCUUGGUUUGUGUUUACCUCACUGGUACCUAUAAGGUGACCAGUUAAGAAGUCAAUAUAACAUGCAUAAGGCACCAUUACUCGGGUCAGCUAGUUACCAUGAAAAUGGCAUUUUAGCUAUUUAUUUAUUUUUCUCCCCAAGCGGUCUCUUAAUUUCAAUGCAAGACUGGACACUUCAGAGAAGCAGUAUCCUCUCCCCCUAUAUUGAAAGGUGCCAAUUAAACUUGUGCAAAAUUUAGUUUGGGCCGAUUCGACCAAAUCAGAAUUAUUUUAAUCCACACCCAAACAAAUUGAUCUACCAGGGAAGUAGUUUAUUUUCUUUAUGAACUGAUUCGUUCAGCUGUGGGUUUAAAGGGAAUUUGAGUCGGAUGAACUAGUCGAAGCUCAUUUUCGCACAAAUUUACUGCCAAUGAUAACUGGGGAAGAGUAUGGUUGACCGUGAGUCAAGUGUAGAUGGGGGGAGAACAAAAAAAAAAAGGGACAAUGCUAAAAGUACAUUUAAAAAACAAAACCUUUUUUUUGUGUGUAAACGAAGAUCCGAAAUGGCGUGUUUAUAAAAUGGAUAAUAGUUAUUAACUACUGGUCAGGCAGCCCUUGGCAAAACAUCACCACAACAUAAAACUCUGCACGAUUUAUUAAUUUAACAGAGGAAAUGUAUGCUUUGCGGGGAAAAAGAAACAAAGAAUAUAAACAGUAAGAUUUUAUUUAUGUACGUUUUCAUAACAGACUUGUAUUGAAAAGACUGCAAGAUUGUCCUGCGACACAUUUUUUUCAAAUUUAUUUUUGCAAUGUGUUCCAGGCCUUUGUCAUUUGGGCUGUAACCUUCCAAUCACAUCUAAAAAUAAAGCUCAUCCUUUGCUAAAACCAAAGAAGUUCACAGUUUGAUUUCCUGCAGUUUUUAAACUGCAGAAUUAAUUCACAACGCUGACCAUGAGUGCUGAGUUUUAAUCAAACAUAGCCACAUUUUUCUAUAUUCCAAAAAUAUAGGAGUUUAUUCAAUAAUCCCUUUAACUGCGAAAGAAUUGCUUAAACGAUUGCAAAUUUUAAACCAAAUAUUUUGGCCCAAACUUUGCAGUUAUCCUGUCAAUUCUCCACAGUUUGAGUUAACGAAUAAAAUCCAUAAUCUCAAAUUAGCACAAUGCUACAACAGCAAGUAGUUUGCGAUUACUCCAUCUCUCUACCACUGCAAAUACAUCCUAGAAUCAUAUUUGGUACGUUAAGGGGUAAACGCCAUAUUACUAGAAAAAAUAAAACCUUUAUUUUUAAAUUUGCGUUUGUAUGUCUGGUACAAAGGAACGGCAGGAAUUAAAUGGGCCCCUCUCCAAGCAUCAUAAUCAUUUUUCUCGUUACUGUAGUGGUUAUGGUGCUAGAAAAUGUGUCCCUGUAAACAAUUUUUCAAAUCCAUGCCAUUUUAUUUCAUUUACUUGGCUGUCCAGAUAUGGAUAUUACUCUCAUUCCCUCUGACAUUUGUGGAAGCAUUACUUCUCCAUGCCGCUGUCUACUUGGACGGGGUGAGCAAGCAAUGUAUGCUCAUAUAGUAAUAGUCUUUUGAAUGUGCAUGAGCUGUACUAUGAGUGAACACCACUAUACUCAGCACAGAGCUACAUCUCCAAAUGAUGUGAAGGGGCAGCAGAAUGUAGUUUGGGCACUGAUGACUUAAUAAAACUAUAGAAAACAGCAGGAAUGUGAAGGGCAAGCUUGUGAGAAAAGCAUCCUAUCCCCAUUACCACCACGAUUGGAUGUAGUAGUAAUGGUGCUAGGAAUGCCCUUUUAAUCGCCAAAUACAGGGUAUUCCAUAAACCUCUGCAAAUAUGUCAAUGCUUAACAGUUUUCUAAUUGUCGCUUUAACACU